UGUCAUUGCUCCUGCAGCCUCAGCAGCCUCUUCGCUGGGACUGCCCGACACCGCCCCCCGAUUGGGUGCCCGCUGUGUGCCAGGCCCGGUGCUGGGCACGGUCCCGUCUCUUAGCCCAGUCGGGCCUCCCCAGCCCCGCGAGCGCCCUGUAAGGACUGCCAGGCAAUAAUGAAGGUUCUUUUACUGAAGGAUGGGAAGGAAGACGACUGUGGCCAGGAUCCGUACAUCAGGGAAUUAGGAUUAUAUGGACUUGAAGCCACUUUGAUCCCUGUUUUAUCAUUUGAGUUUUUGUCUCUUCCCAGUUUCUCUGAGAAGCUUUCUCAUCCUGAAGAUUACGGGGGACUCAUUUUUACCAGCCCCAGAGCAGUGGAAGCAGCAGAGUUAUGUCUGGAGAAAAACAAUAAAACUGAAGUCUGGGAAAGGUCUCUGAAAGAAAAAUGGAAUGCCAAGUCCGUGUAUGUGGUUGGAAAUGCUACUGCUUCUCUAGUGAGUAAAAUUGGCCUGGAUACGGAAGGAGAAACCUGUGGAAAUGCAGAAAAGCUUGCAGAAUAUAUUUGUUCCAGUGAAGAAGUCAAAGGAAUCUUUUGAAGUGAAGAAAGUGGGUUCUAGGAGCUCAUCCCACUAGUUUGUGGGUUUGGACAUGCCCUUAUGCUGAUGAAUCAUUGGAGUAAUAUCUGGGGUUUAGCCACAUCCUUGGUGGCAAGGCGGUGGGGAAAGCCCCUGAGGAUGAGGCCAGCCCGAGCCGCAAGGGAAAGGGGCUGCUGGGACCCCCUGACCUCACUUUAUCUCCAGGAGCACACAGGGCCUCACACAGAUGCCUCAGUCUGCACCACUGGGAGUUCGUGCCAUCUCAGACCUACCCUCCCUACCUGGGCUGUACAUAAAGAGAUACUGCUAGGCUUUCUCUAGAACAUUUCAUGAGCCAGCACUGUGAGACAUUUUCAAGCUAAAAACAUACAGUUCAGGAGAGUGUAAUCUGUGGUAGAAAGUGUUCACCGUUUGCUGCUAGUGAAGACGGUUGGCCCUGUCCUUCUCUGGCCACUUGUGCCACAUGGUGUUCUUGGGAGAGGCGUCUCCAUGCACCAGUGUGGAGAAGCCCUCUGGAGGCCAAUUCAAAGAGCAUCUGAGGCUAAGCAGCCGAAAGGAAAAGACCUGAUGGCCAACAUGUUGCUUUCUGUGGAAUGUUCCAGACUGGAUUGCUGGGGGUCAUUUUCUUUAACAGCAGCCUAGACACAUAGUGACUCUCUUCUAUGCAGCCAGGUGUUGAAAUAGCUGCAGGGAAGCCACAGACAGUUGUUCCAGCUUUCCGGAUCAAAGAGCACUGGUUGGGCCCCGUGCCGUGUGGCCCCAGCCGCAUGGGAUUGCUUCUCAGGUCAUGGAGCCGCACACCAGUGUGGAGGGUUCACUCCAGGGGCUCCUGGUACAGGAUGCAGAUGGGUCUUGUCUGCCUCCAGGCUUUUGUUUCUAAUGUUUCUAGGGAGUCACCAUCACAGCAUUAAAUGGUAUCAAAGCCCUUCUUUUAAAAAUGUAGAAAUAAAUGUAAAUGGUAGAUCUUGACAUUGCUUGUGGGAUUAAGAUCUACAAAGAAUAAUAAUUAUUUCUGUGGGUGGCUGACUAUUAGCUCUUUAAUAGAAUAGGUGGCUCCUGCCUGUUUUCAGUGAAGAGAUUGAGCUGUACCCACAGUUUGUUUGUAAGGAGACAGAAGUGAACCUCUGAGUCAUUGUUCAUUAGAAGACCAGAACCAUCAGGCUGGUGUCCCUGCUUUGCAAACACAAGGCAGAAGAGAUCAGUGUCACUUUUGAGUGGUCACAUUGGUGUUUCAGUUAACUGGCUCAAGGCUUGGUUGGAUAGAUAUUAACAUAUUCUGACCUUAUCUGGGAGAAUACUGGUCUACAUUCUUUGCAAAGCUUCUGCUAUUUCUUCUAAUUUAUUACCAGCAUAUCUACGGGUCCUAAUAAAUCUUCCAUUUGCAGUUAGAAUAUCCAAAUAAAAAUCCAUGUUGACUGCUAAGAAGGACCUUCACCUUGGCUUUACCAAGGCAUUAAUGAUUUUUUUUCUCAGUAAACUUUGAUGCCUGAUUUUAAAAGCUAAAAAUCUACCUCCAAUGCUUGUAGUAAACAGGCCGAUUCAUAGCUAUGCCUAUUUAUUUUAGUUAACACUUACUACUUUGUGGCAGGCACUAUUGUAAGUGCUUAAAGCUAUUAAUCCAUUUAAUCUGAUAACUAAUUGUUCUGAUAGAUUCUCCUUUGUUCCCAGAUAUCUCCUGUAAUGGGAAAGUAAUUACACGCUAAAUGGUAAAAGGUAGAAUACAGUAUAACUUUUGAAAAGAGAGAGAAACUGUGUGGGCAGAAAGAUUGCACUACAGUUUAUUUGAAAUGUCCUCCUGGAUUGGGAAAGUUUCUGCAGCCUGGCAGACUUGCCAGGAUUUUCUUCCAUUCCUCCGAUCAGCCUCCUCAUCCUUAUUACCUGCACUCAGGCGCCCACUGUCUGCUCGAACUGAUUCUCAUGGCAGUGCCCAAGAGGGGGAAGUCAUUGUAAACCUGGAAGUUGUUACUGUUUUACAGAUGUGUGCAUGUCCUUCGGUAAGAUGACAUUUUAAAAAGUCAGUCUCAUUGAUGCAGGACUUUUUGCUCCUUAAUUCAGCUAAAUCUGGGUUCUUGUCUCAUGACCAGGAAAAAUUAGGCAUGUGGACACAUUGAAGGGUGAGAAGGGCAGAAUUUAUUAAGUGAAAGGAAAGCUCUCGGCUGGGCGCAGUGGCUCACGCCUGUGAUCCCAGCACUUUGGGAGGCCGGGGCAGGUGGAUCACCUGAGGUCAGGAGUUUGAGACCAGGUCAGGAGUUCUGGCCAACAUGGUGAAACCCCAUCUCUACUAAAAAUACAAAAAUUACCUGGGCUUGGUGGCCACGUCUGUAAUCCCAGCUACUCAGGAGGCUGAGGCAGGAGAAUUGCAUGAGCCCAGGAGGCAGAGGUUGCAGUGAGCCGAGAUCGUGCCACUGCACUCCAGCCUGGGUGAAAGAGUGAGACUCCGUUGCAAAAAAAAAAAAAAAGAAAGAAAGAAAAGCCCUCAACAAAGAGAGGGAUUCUCCAAGCAGGUUUCUCCCUCAUUAUUGAAUACCAGGGGUACCACACAUGAGCUGAUGAGGCCAGGCUCCUCCCCGCAUAAGGCGUGAAUCCUAGUGGCUCCGCCCUGUUCCCCCAGCACGCACAUGAGGAUGCCCAAGUAAGCCAUAGGUAGUAUCGGAAAAGGCAACAUUUGAUUGGUUAAAAGGCAUUAUUCAGAAAGAAUCAAUUGGGAAAGGGCAGACAAACGGGCAGACGUUCUGCCCCUGGGUCGCUGGUUUCAUCCGGGACCAGCAAUCUGGUCUUUCAGACUUCAGGCUGUUCUAGGCUUGAAGGUGAGGUCUCACCGGGGACCCUUCCCUAUCUGCCUAGGCAUUUGUCUGCCUCCUGCUUGUAUCAUCAUUUUCUUAAUUACCUGCAGUGACUUUAUCAAGCCCCCUCCUGAGCUGCGUAAUAAUAAUACUCUGUUAGGAUUUUCAGUGUUGUUACUCAUCAUCAGCCCAGACAGCCGAGAAUUCCAGGCCUCCUUCCUGUUAAACGAAUGGAGAGCAGAGCCUUUGAGCUCUACGAUUCACUAUUUUUAUGUCAGCCUUAACCAUCCCAUUGGCCUGUUGGGGCUGAAGAUAAAUCCCCAGGCAUUAAGCAUAUUCCAAAAGGGAAUGACUCCUCUGUCUUUGGCUUUUCGAAGUGGGUUAGUUUUCAGGAAUGUAGUCGUAGAUCUCCCCUCACCAGCAGAGGAGGACUCAGCCAGGACAUUCUCAAGUUUUUCUCCUUUCUGCUGACAGGGUGGUGUCUUUUCAGUGAAGUCAGCUGACCUGGUUGGACAUUUGUGGGCCCUGUGUGCCUGCAGAGCCAAGCUCUCUGCAAGGCACAGGUGGUGGAGAGACAGAGACAAGCAGCUGCCCUCAGGGAGCCCCGUACCCCUUCAGCCCAGCCUUGUGAGUCAGAGAUAAGAAUGAGCAGCUCAGGACUCCACUGGACCCUCACAAGAGGUGCUGCCAAGGGAAGAUUCCUGAAUCUUUCCAAGGCCACUUGCACACUUGUGGGGCUGGGCUUGCUGAAAAACUGGACCGUAGUUUUCUUACUGGAUCCCCAGGAAGAGCUUUGGCCCCUAACAUCUUCCACCCUGCACUCCCUAGCACACACAUAGACACACAGAAACAGGGAAGAAAAUUGCACCUGAACGUGGCUUUGAAAAUAUGUCUCUAGGGAUGACUCUACAGAGCAUGAAAACAUCUCCUCACAGUGGAAGAGAGAAAUCAGCAGGCAUCUAUUAACGAAUUUAACAAUCUCCCAAUUCAUUAUUUUCUUUUAUGUUGGUACUGAUAUUUACAGAGCAGUUUAAAUAAAGAAAACAUUCACCAGUAUGUAGCCUUUAUACACUUGAAAUUAAGUGGCCUGCAGUUAUUCCUGUUGUUUGGCUGCUGCUUGCUAGAGAUGGUACUGGAUGGAAAGAGGUUGUUUUGCUCCUUCCUCUCAUUGUAGUCACCAGAGAAGAUGUGAUCAGAGAGAUCAUAAGGAUGUGAGAAAAUAUACAAUGUGUAUGGACAACGCCCAUUAAAAUUUCUUAUGUCUUACGGAUGGAUGUGGGGGGAAAUGGCUGGUUCUACUAAAAUGCUGUGUUUUCAGAUUUGGGGAAGAUUCUGGCAUUUGACAACGCAUCAGCUUUUUUGGACAGUAUCGUUGCAAAUUGGCAUUCAAAUCCUAUGCUGUCCUCACUAUUCUGCAAAGAGUUAAGUGCUGAAAAUGCCCUUAAGUCUUCCCAGAGUGGAGAUGCUGGGAGCAGAGGUAGUGGUGAAAGGACAGGCAGGCCAUUCUUAGCAGGCUUCUCUCUCUAAGGCCUGUGCAGUCGCCUUUUGGCACUUGGCCUAGUGGCUGUUGGUGUAGCUAGAAGAGGAGUGGGCAGUCAGCUUGUCUUUGUUGGGGGUGGCUGCAGAGCUGCUCCUGGCUGCCGGUUACCUGCUGCCUCCUGAGCGUGAGCCCUGGCUCAUCCGGAGCCUCUUUAAAGGUAGAAAAUGUUUGCCCCAGUGCCAGUCGGCACCAGGCCUGAUCUUUACCUUCCUGACUUAGUUAAGGUGCAAAGUCUGCCUUUAAAUAGCGACUGCAGGCUAGGCAGUCACUUCAGGAUCAGAGGGAGUUAAAAGAAUGUGGCCAACUUGUUUGUGUGGAUGUUCAUUUUCUGAGCACCUCCACACACAUUACCUCUUAUGAUCUUCAUAUAACAACCCUUCAAGUUCAGCAAGGUAGCAGGUGCUCUUCCUGUUUACAGAUGCUGAAACUGAGUCCUAGAAGCAGAGCCAGGCCUGGAGCCCAGGGCUGCUUCCCCCUUCCCAAAGCUGCCCCUCCCCAUUCCCCUGUGCACAGGGCCUGGCCCUGAGUUUUCACAAAGCCUGG